AUGUUCGGGCAGGCUGUGAUUUUCGGGCCGGACGAUACGCCGUGGGAAGGGGGGACGUUCAAGCUCCUGCUUGAGUUCUCCGAGGACUACCCCAACAAGCCGCCGUCCGUCCGGUUCCUCACGCGCAUGUUCCACCCGAACAUCUACAACAACGGUCAGAUCUGUCUCGACAUCUUGCAGAACCAAUGGAGUCCCAUCUACGACAUCUGCGCCAUCCUCACAUCCAUCCAGUCGCUCCUGUGUGAUCCUAACCCGGCGUCUCCGGCGAAUUCGGAGGCGUCCCGGCUGUACCAGGAGAACAGGCGAGAAUAUAACCGCCGCGUAAGGGAAGUAGUAGAGCAAAGCUGGGUGGACGAAUGACGCGCAGCAAGAAGGAAGGUCACCGGUGGCAGCAAGAAAAAAAAGAGAAGAUGCGCGGUCGUCAGCGUAGGAGUCAUGCGGCUUUACGCAUCAACAAACAGGUGUAGCACCGGAGACUUGGUGGUGGUGGUGCGUGGGUGGU